AUAGCUGUAGCUUAACCUUGGAACAUUAUAUCAUCAAAAUAAAGUUAUUAUGUUGUCUUUAAGUAAUUCCUGCAUUGUUUGAACGUUAUUACGGCGCUCUUGUCCCCGUUGUCGCCACUAAUGCCUUCUUCUUACCCUUCCCUUCCCUUGUCUUGUAGAUGCCUCGGCUACUAUUUUACGAAAGUAUGCCUUUCAUGAAUCAUUUUGAUAAACUUUUUGUCAUCCGCGGCUAUUUCGAUUCCAAGAGUAUUAGCCCAGCUGCUCGUUUCACCUAUUGUUGACCAUAUUACAUCAUUCAUUCCCAUUUCAUUUGCAGUUCGUUUUAACCUGCAGUAGAGCAGAUGCGACGAUAAGAGAGGUUGGACAUGCUGAAGUUCUAUUUCGUAAGCCUCCUGCAUCACACAUAAUCUAGGCGUUCAUAUUCCAACGAACUCAUAUGCUUCACGCGUAAUCAGUCUAGCGCAUGGCGAACAGCUCUUGCGUAAUCAACCAUUUAUCCUAAUGUGCUAUAGCGGGUCCUUCUAUUGUAAUCCAAUUUCAUCACAACUCUACAUGAUCCAGUGGAUGGACAAGCGUCUUAUUCGCCAGUAAAAAGCUAAAAGUCAUCAUUCAGACGUCUGCUUCGAAAGCGUUUCUUACGCAGCAAGUGGUCAUUUGCGUCUCUUCUUUGAAUUAAAGAACAUCAAGACUGACAGACAGUUAAAAUGUCAGCUGCAAGCGUUCUCUCACCCAGGCAAGCGCCUGUGCCACACUCUUUCUUUCCCUAUAGAAGAACCUUCUCCUUGCAUUUUGCAAGUGACUCAAUGUGUCUCGAAGUUGGCAGUUUGGGAUUAGUACCUAGUACGUCUGACGAGAGGACCAGGAGCUGUUAUUCCCAGCAUAUAGCAGAACCAGCAUGUUGUUGGUAUACGUCCUGUUCGUUGCUGUUGCACUUUGUAGUGCAAUGCCAAAAGCAGAAGGGAGAGAUUCUUCGGCAGUAUGCACGAUGAAAAAAGGAAAAGGUGAAGAUUUUACCCUGACGAUACUGCACACGAAUGACAUUCACAGUCACUUUGACGAGAGUAACCAAUGGGGAGGUCCAUGCACGCCCAAGAAGAACAGCACAGCGCACUGUGUCGGUGGUGUUACACGGCUGGCAACGUUGGUGAAAAAAAUGAGGAAAGACUAUCCCGAUGCCCUGCUGAUGAAUGCUGGUGAUACCUACCAAGGCAGUGUCUGGUACACUGUCUUAAAGGACAGAAUAGUCUCUGCUGUAAUGAAAGAACUGAAAUAUGACGCUGUUUGUCUUGGAAAUCAUGAGUUCGACGACGGUCCUGCUGGCCUGGCACCUUUUCUGGGGAACAUGACCGAAGUUGGUACCAAGGUUAUCACAACCAAUGUCGACAUCAGUGACGAGCCAAUCCUGAAUGGCAAGGAAGUAUUGAAAUCGCACAUAUUUUGCAUUAACGGAACCAAAAUUGGGGUGCUCGGAGCGGUUACGGAAGAGACACGAACCAUUGCUUCACCUGGGCGAGUGAAAAUUGAAGACGUAAUCCCAGCCCUCAGAAAAGAAGGCCAGAAACUGAAACAGCAAGGCGCACAUAUCAUUGUGGCGAUCACGCACACUGGUUACGAUGUCGAUCCCAAAAUAGUGAAGAGUGUCAAGACUUUGGACAUCUUGGUUGGAGGACACACAAACACAUUCUUGUACAAUGGCACUCCACCUACGAAUGACAAAGUCGAAGGUGACUAUCCGACAGUGGUUAGAAGGGACGAUGGAACUAUAGGAUUGAUUGUGCAAGACUUUUGGUUUGCCAAGUACCUAGGAUUCCUACAGGUUACCUUCGAUAGUAACGGAAAGGUUAAGUCUUGGAAAGGCAAUCCAAUUCCAGUGAAUCAUUCAUACGAAGAAGAUGAAGACAUGAAGAAUGUCUUGGAACCGCACCGCAAAAUUGUGAUCAAGGCUGGCAAGCGUCCAAUCGGGAGCUCCAAAGUCCUGCUGUCUGCUGACAAUAAAACGUGCCGUCUCGGAGAAUGCAACAUGAUGAACAUGGUCUGUGACGCCUUUUUCGCGUACUACGCUGACCAAAACUCUUCGGAAGACAUGUGGUCCAACGUCGCCGCUGCUGUCGUCAAUUCAGGAUUCGCAAGAUCAUCACUUCCGAAAAGUGACAAAUUAACGAUGUUCAACGUAAUGAAGGCCCUCCCUUAUGAAUCAAGCCUUGCCCUCCUUACACUGACCGGUGCUCAACUUCGCCGUAUGUUCGAGCACGGCGUUGCUCAGUUCACUAUCACCAGCGAUCCAAGAGGGGAAUUCUUGCAGGUGUCAGGAAUGAAAGCUGUCAUUGACCUGGGGAAGGAGAGCGGAAGUAGGGUUGUAAGCCUGCAAAUCCUGUGCACAAAAUGCCUCGUGCCUCGAUACGAAGAUGUAGACGAUACAGCCACGUACACAAUUGCUACGACUUCGUACAUAGUAAACGGUGGAGACGGCUUCAAAUUCGACGAUAGUGUCAAAGUGGAGACGAAAGGUGUGGUUGACAGCGAGGUGUAUCUGCCAUACAUCCAGAAGGUAUCCCCGCUGAAGACAGCAGUCGAAGGACGUAUCACGCUACUCAACUUUCCCAACAGUACUUCCGUGUCCGGCCGAUCUGAUCAGAAGUGGAAGUACGAGAUCUGGGUCUGAGAGCAGUUCUACGAACUGUCCAUGCUCAAGUGUGACAAUAAAGCUGCUAAUGCUAACCAUG